UCCCCAAAAAGUGGGAAUGGCGCAUAGAAAAUAUAGGAAAUUGACGACGGAAGAAGAGAGUGGGAAUUGAAUCGCUGAUGGCCAAUCUAUUGUACCACGUCUUCGCCUUCUUCGGCUUGUUCUCCUACGGCCUCUACCACCUCAUUUCCGCCGUCCGAUCUUAUAACACCUCCUCCUCCUCCGCCACCACCUCCCCUCGACUGGCCAUCGCCAUCGAACACGCCGCCCGUCCUUACUACCCCCUUGCUCUAUCAGCCCACCGCCAUCACCUCCUCCGCCACCUCCCCAUCUACCUUUCUUUCUUCUCUCUAUUCGUUGCGGUCGUCGCCAACGUUCUCCUCUCCGCCGGCGAUGCGCGCGCCGAUGCCCAGCGCUUCUCCUUUCUCGAGUCCGCCUCGGCGCUCCUUUUCUUCCUCCUGUCCCUCUCCCUCACCCUCUUGUUGCCUCUCCCAACGGACCUCAUCUUCCUUCUCGCCGCCCUCGCGUUUGCCCUUCUCUCCGCUGCCUCCGCCCACUCCUCCGCCGUUGGCCAGCAAUCCGAACUCCAGUCCAAGUGCGACGCCCUCUCGUCUCUCAUAUUUUCCGUCUCUGCCGCUGCUGCGCUUGCCCUAGCUGUUGCCCCGAGGCUCUUCAUCGCGGAGCUCGUCCUCUCCGCCUCCAUUGCCCUCCAGGGUCUCUGGUCGCUGCAGUCUGGCUUCUCCCUUUAUGUCGAGGCCUUCAUUCCCGAGGGAUGCCACCGGCUACUGGGCGUUCGAUACAUCUCCACGAGCUGCGAUCUCGAGGACUCGCGUAUCCGUGCCUUCGCGAUCCUGGAUCUGGCCUUUACCCUCCACGCCAUUCUCAUCGCCGUUGUCACCUCCGUCGUGUAUAUUUCUUUGAACCCGGCUCCCGUCGUGGUCGGGGGCCUUGUACGGAGGCACAAUGGAGGCUCUUACGAGGCUCUGACAACGUUAUCGUCCACCGGUGCUCUCUCAGAUAUGGAUCACAUGCAGAUGAAGGUUCUCUCCAAGAGCUCGACGCAGGCUUGAGCUAAGUAGCCUCUCUUUUAUCUCUGUUGUUGUUUCCUUUAGCCCUAAAACAAAGAAAAAAAGAUCGAACAUAAAGCAAUUUGCUUUUUGAUUGGACGUUUACUGCAGUUAAUAUCGAUGCGUGUCGAUUGAGAGAGACUCUUAGAUUUAAAUAUUGAGGUUUUGGAUGGUGAUUGCCUCAA